CGUGUCGGUUUUACGGGAACUCUCGUUCUCGAACUCGCGUAUUUGUGGAAACUGUUUUCAUUGGUGUCAUUUGCAUACGUGAAGUGAAAUCUGAUUAAGUUACGGUGUGAUGUGAAUUUGUACUAUUUACCUGACUAAAUAAAUUGGAUUCGGUGAAUAAUUAGUGUCUACCUAAUUUAUCAGUGUUUGUUACCAUUUGGAUUUUGGAAUUUAUGGUGUGAUGCGCGCGCGCAUGUGAAGCGAUGGCGCGCGGGAGCGUGCUGCUCGUGCUAUGGGUGGUCGCCGUCGCCGCGGAUAAACAUGACGAGCUAAGCUCAACAGAACCGGAGCAUAGCACAGUCGCUCCAACACCACCCAUACCAUUAAGGCCAGAAUACGCACAUCCAGCUGGUGUCGAAGCUUUAGACCCAUACAAUUCAGAAAAAAACAAUCCUCCACUCCACCACAGAGAUUAUUUAGAGGAAGAUUAUGAUCAUGAGUCACAUAAAGAAGAUGAACAUGAGAACAGAGAUGACGCAGACGAACUGCCAUCUUUAUCUGGUGAUCAUCUCUUGCAAAGUUCAACAGAUGAUUUACCCAUGUUCUUACUAGAACCGCAAAAUGCUUAUGUAGUUCGUAAUAAGCCGGCAAUGCUUAGAUGUCGUGCAGCAAAUGCUCUACAAGUUUAUUUUAAAUGCAACGAUAUCCGCUCAGUAGGGAGUACGCAAUUUGAAUUUGUUGACCCUCAAAGCGGUGUGAGGAUUGUUGAAGCUGAAUGCAAUGUUACGAGGGAUCAUUUAGAGGAAUAUUUCGGCGAAGAUGGGUUUUCAUGCACCUGUCAUGCCUGGAGUAGCCGUGGAGAUAUAAGAAGUCAGCCAGCCAUAGUUGAAUUAUCAUACCUCAAGAAGCAGUUCGUGGUAUCACCAUCACCAACUUCAGUGGAGGCUGGCUCGGCUGCGUCUCUCCGCUGCUCACCCCCAGCGGCUGCUCCACCACCGAGGGUAUCCUGGCUGAAGCACGGUAUACCAUUGCAACAAGACCACAAUGUGCUUAUAUCUGCUGAAGGAAACCUGCUUAUAUCCAGAGCAACGUUACAGGACAUGGCGAAUUACAGUUGCGUGGCCGAAAAUAUAGCAGGCAAGAAAAUUUCAGAAUCGGCAACAUUGACCGUAUAUGUUAAUGGUGGAUGGAGCCAGUGGGGCCCGUGGACGCAAUGCAGAUGUAAUGGCAGAGUGGCCGGGCAGCGUCGAUCCAGGACCUGCACGGAACCUCAUCCCCUCAAUGGAGGAGCACCUUGCCAGGGGCAGAGCGUUCAGAAGACCGCUGAUUGCGUUCUAUGUCAAAGUGCCUCGCCCGGUCGCUGGGCAGUUUGGACGGAGUGGUCUGUUUGCGGCUCCGACUGCAGACAGACCCGGCGAAGAUCAUGUAUGGGAGACGCGUGUUCCGGAGCUCAGGUCCAACAUGCUGACUGUGUUGGUGACUACUGCGGAGUCCAUGGAGUUGCCGCACACAGCGAUAUACCUUUGUACAUCGGGAUAGCAGUGGCGGUGAUCGUUUUUCUGGCGGGUGCUGCCGUGGUAUACAAGUUGCUGCAGAGGAAGACCCGGGACCACUCGCUUUACACUAUGACCAGGACAGAUUUUCAACCGGAGAUGUACCCGACGGUGGAGAAGCAAUCUCUGUCACUCGCGCCUGACCUGAUGCAGCACCGGCCUCCACGAUACGAGCAUCCGCAACCCGAUCCAAGAACUGAGCAUCACUAUGAUGUCCCCCAUCUGACUAAUAGUUACGCAUCACCGGUGGACCAUCAAGUGACUCCUUGCGCCUCGAGCAAGGGACAAAGCGACGAAUAUGACAGCAAACCGUACACGGAGUCAGAACACUCCGCGUCUAGCUGUUUCACAUCUUCGGGAUCAAUGUAUGACGCAGCGAAUGAAUCAGUAACACUUCAACUAGCGGAACUCGUCUCGAACUCACCCAUUUCUCAAUCCUUAUCAGUAUCCGGUUCUGGAGCAAGACUCGCUUUACCAGCUGCCAAUGUUGCCUUGUCGAUACCAGAAGGAGCUCUUAGUAGGGGACGCAGAGAACAGAUCUAUGUUGCUGUUGUGAAAGACGAUAGAUAUAGAUCGAGAUUUGGAAAAGGUAUCACGCAACUCAGUCCGGUAGUUAAGUGUGGGCCUCCUCGUCUCCAGCUCAAUAAGUCGGUUGUCCUUCAAAUACCUCACUGCGCCAGUCUCAAACACGGUUUCUGGAAUCUCGCCCUUUACGCCAUAGACCACAAUAACGCAAAAACUGACUUACAGCCCCAAUGGAAGAAAAUAGUAAAUCUUGGCCAAGAGACCAUCAACACACCAGUUUUCACACAGUUGGAUACCGACAAAAUAUUCCUUGUAACAGACAUGCUCUCCACUUUUGUACUAGCCGGUGAAAGUUUUAAUGGAAAGGCGGUAAAGACUCUACAAUUAGCAGUGUACGCACCCGCCUCAUUAAACGAAUCCUGCACGGAAUACAGCAUGCGGUUAUACGUUUUCGAGGAUACUCCGUGCGCACCGUACUAUUGUCAAGAACAGGAGAAGAAGUUAGGCGGUGUUUUACUUGAGCGCCCCAAAACUUUGCUAUUCCAAGAUGGGGGAUCGAAUUUAUGUUUGAACUUAGAGCAUUUAAGUCCCGGCUGGAAAGCUAAACCUGGGAUCGGUUACCAAGAAAUCCCCUUCAACCACGUUUGGGGGUCGAAUUACAACGCUUUACACUGCAGCUUUGUUCUCGAAAGGACAUACGACUGUGAUAGCAUCGACUUCAGUAUCUCAGCGUGUCAGAGAACAAAUCCAUCGUACAAGCAGACAUUCCGAAUAUCGCUGGACGAUUUGCGGAGCCGAUCGCCUCGAGGUCGAUCACCCCGCGAAUCGCAGCGUAGUUUUAACAUAACAGAGAAUUUAUUGGAAGCGCGGAUGUGUAGGAGCGAGGACGGGAGCGAUGGAAGUGCUAAAAGGAACGUGACCGUUAACGAAACCGGAGUGAACGAGUGCGCCGAGAGCCCAUUUAAAUUAAGUGUUAGGGUGAAGAGGCAGCUAUGCGCCAUAUUGGAUCCGCCGAAUGCUCGCGGUAACGACUGGCGCGCUCUGGCUGCGAGGUUAGGAGUGGAUCGUUAUACAACGUGGUUCGCCACAAAGAGCUCGCCGACCGAAGCUAUCUUGGAGUUGUGGGAAUGCAGGGAGCGCGGCCCCGGCGCUAUAGCGGCUCUAGCCGCAGCACUACGCCAAAUGGACAGGCACGAUGCGGCUGAAUUACUGCAGGGAAGACCCUCCUGGUUAUGAAUUCCUAAUCAGGACGAGUCGGGCAAUCUACAUAAUACGUGAGUGUUGAAACGCUGAAAAUAAUACAGUGCAUUUCUAAGUGUCCGUUUACAUAGACCGGCAUGGAGGGCAGACCAAGUUCGCAUUUAAAACCUAGUUUUAGUGCCACGGUAUAAACUUAACAUUUAACGUAAAUUUUUGUGCAACAAAAAAAAAAUUUUUGCAUUAAAACUUAGUGUUUAAUACGUUUAUUUUGAUCUGCUUUUCAAAGCGGUGUGUUUUCAUAAGAAUAACUUUAAAACUUAAACUCUCGUGUUCAAGGACGUUCAUCAUCACCUACGGUAAAGCGUUUGUUUAACAAAAAGUUAUUCAGGGCUGGCAUUGUUUCGUACUCACGCCCACGCACUUAACACGAUGCGAUGUUAAAUAAGUGACAGCCCUGGAGACAUCCGUAGGGCUACAGUGGUGGGCUGGGAGGGGAAGUAAGUGUUCGUGACGCGGCGUUAGUUGCACGCACAAAGAAGAUUCCAUUGUACUUAGUUAUUCUUAUGGUAAUACGACGAUACUAAACGUUUGUUGAUAAUAUGUGUAGUUUAAAUGUUGUUUAGAGCAAAACAAAUAAUUAGUUUCGUAGGCCGUCGGCCUAAUUUGUAAAAUCGUGGGUAUGUAGUUUAUUUUGUAUAGAGCCUAUAUAAUAUAUCUAUGCUGUAGAUACGCGGGGGAAUAAAUUAUAUUGUAGUAGCAAUAAUAGUGCCUAACGUCUUAUAAAGAUCGACACCAACGAUUUAUGGUUGGUAUACACGGUUGGUUAAUUUGUUAUUUUUUAUAAGUGUUUGAG